UCGGCGUGCAGAGGAGGCUCCGGCGGUCGCCGUGCGCAGCGCGCGAGGUUGGGCAGCUCGGCGAGGCCGCGGCGCCUGCGUCCUCCGGGCGGACAGGUGUCUUUGGCUUUGAGUGCCUGUGGACGGCCAUCUGUCCCCUCCAGCAUGAGGGUCUUCUUGCCGGUGCUGUUGGCUGCCCUUCUGGGUCUGGAGCCAGUGCACUCUCUGGUGUGCUUCUCCUGCGUCAACCAGAAGAGCAAUCUCUACUGUCUGAAGCCCACCGUCUGCUCCUCUUCUGACAACUACUGUGUGACUAUGUCUGCCUCUGCUGGCAUUGGGAAUGUCGUGGACUUUGGACACACCCUGAACAAGGGCUGCUCCCCCAUCUGCCCUGGUCCUAGCGUCAAUCUCGGCGUGGCGUCUGUGGGCACCCACUGCUGCCAGAGCUUCCUGUGCAAUUUCAGUGCCGCCGGCGGGGGACCGCGGGCCAGCACCGCACUGCUGGGCCUCGGGCUCCUGCUCAGCUUGCUGUCUGUUCUGCUGAGACUGGGCCCCUGACCUCCUGGACCUGAGUCCCCCAUGUCCCCCAGCUCAGGAAGAAAAGCCCCAUCCCUCGCAGAUCACAGGAGGCUAUUGGAGCCUCCAGCUCCUUGGCGUGCCUGAUCCCCCCACCUUGGGCCAGAACCACCCCCUGCACCUACCCCUGCACAGCCCCUAUCCCAUGUGGGGCCAGCCGCCCUCACUUCUGCAGCCAAUUGUGUGACCUUUCUCAAGGAACCAGGACGGGAUGAGGGUUCCCCUGAAGUCUUAGGGUCCCCAAGGGCAGGACUGAGCCUUGUGGGCACCAGAGGGACAUCUAAGCCAUCAGCCCUAGGCUCACUGAGUGUGGGGUGGUGGUAGACACCAGCGUGUUGUGAAUAUUUAGGUGUGAGUCCCUGGGGUGGUGUUGUGGGAGGGACAGGAGAGUCCAGGGCAGCAGCAGCCCCCGGAACCCUGAUUCACCAGACCCCMCCAUCUGCACCCACAUUGCACUCACUUCAGGGGUAGCCUUUAGGGGCAGGGGGCUCCCAGUGCUUCCAGGCAUGGGCUCUCGCCCAGGUCCUGCUGAGCCCUGCCUGCCCCUCCUUGCUCCUGCACUGCACCCCGCUGCUGCCUCAGUGCCUCAAUAAAAUGUUG